AUGCGGUCACUCGUUCUGCUCGGUCUCCUUGGGGCCGCCUCUGCCCACCCAGCUCCUGCUGCUAAGCCAGGUGUCCGCCGACGUGCUGUCGACUUGAACGCCUAUAGAAUCACACAGUCUGCCCAGUACCACAAUGAAGCCGCUACCAAGGCAGACCCUAAGAUACUCACGGUCAAGCGCGAUACUUACGUAGAGACCGCCACCGCACUUGUCAAAAGCGUAGCCCCCAACGCUGAAUUCCGACUUGUCAAGGACCACUACGUUGGAAAUAACGGCAUUGCUCAUGUCAACUUCAAGCAGACGGUCCACGGCCUAGAUAUCGAUAAUGCCGACUUCAAUGUCAACAUUGCGGCUGACGGCACCGUCUUCUCAUACGGAAACUCUUUCUUCGAGGGCAAGGUCCCUGAGGAGAGCCCUCUAAGCAAGCGUGAUUUCUCAGACUCUACGCAAGCUUUUGAGAAAGCCAAGACCAUGCUAGAUCUCCCAGUCACGGGGAAGGCUACUGCCGAGGCCACUAGUGAAGCAGAGACCUACACCCUCAAAGGCACCUCCGGUGCCCAGAAGGAUCCUGAGGCGAAGUUGAUGUACUUCGUCAAGCCGGAUGGCGAGCUUGCCCUGACAUGGCGAGUAGAGACCGACAUACUUGACAACUGGCUGCUCUCGUACGUUGAUGCCAAGACCAAUGAGAAAAUUCACGGUGUCGUAGACUGGGUUCAGGACGCCCAGAUGAGAGUCUAUCCUUGGGGUAUCAACGACCCUGACGUCGGCUCUCGUACGGUCUUGGAGGAUCCCUGGGACCCCGAGAACUCGGAGUUCACUUGGUUUGGCGACGGAACCACAUCGUAUACGUCUACUCGCGGCAACAACGCCGCAGCUCAGACAAACCCCAAUGGUGGUAGCUCGUGGCAAAACAACUACCGACCAUCUGAGGCCGACCUUGACUUUGACUAUGACUGGAGUCCUAGCUGGUCUCCCCCUUCAUCAUACGCCAACGCGUCCGUCACACAGCUCUUCUACACGGCUAACGUGUACCACGAUGUUCUGUACGACCUUGGCUUCACCGAGGCCGCCGGAAACUUCGAGGCCAACAACAACGGCAAGGGUGGUCUAGGCAAUGACUUCGUCAUUCUCAACUCUCAGGAUGGCUCAGGAACCAACAACGCCAACUUCGCGACACCUCCAGAUGGACAGAAUGGCCGCAUGCGUAUGUACCGAUGGACAUACUCAAACCCCCAGAGGGAUUGUGCCUUCGAGGCAGGUGUCAUUCUACACGAAUACACCCACGGAUUGUCGAACCGCCUUACUGGUGGACCUUCCAACACCAACUGUCUCCAGACUACUGAAGCUGGUGGUAUGGGUGAAGGUUGGGGUGACUUCAUGGCAACUGCCAUCCGUCUAAAGGAGACCGAUACCCGCAACACCGACUACAGUCUCGGUGCAUGGGUGUACAACAACCCCGAGGGUAUCCGUAACUACCUGUACUCGACUAGUCUCACCGUGAACCCUUACAUGUACACGACUGCCAAUACCUACAACGAGGUCCACGAUAUCGGCGAGAUCUGGGCCACGAUGCUUUACGAGGUCAUGUGGAACCUGAUCGACAAGCACGGCCUCAGCACGGCGCAGAAGCCUACUUUCGAUACCGACGGUGUUCCUACCGACGGAAAGUUCCUCACCAUGAAGCUCGUCACCGACGGCAUGGCUCUCCAACCCUGCAACCCCAACUUCAUCCAGGCCCGUGACGCCAUCUUGGAUGCCGACAAGAACCUCACCGGUGGUGACAACCAGUGCGAGAUCUGGACGGCCUUUGCUAAGCGUGGCCUCGGCCAGGGCGCUGCUUACGGAUCCGGAUCUACCCGCAAGGGAAGCAACACAAUCCCAAGUGGUGUCUGCUAG